CUCUCUCUCUCUCUCUCUCUCUCUCUCUCUCUCUCUCGCUCACCCGCUCUCUCUUUCUCCCUUCCCUACUCUCUGUUAUCCUUCUCACUGGCAGUGCUGUUCACCUUCCUCUUUUCCUCAUGGCCAAAUGGGAAGGGAGUUGAGGGAGCGCAGGUAUACAGGAGCUCAGACAGGCUGCAGCCAGCCUGUCGGCAACAUCACAAACAUUCCAUCGAUCAUGCAGUGCUCAGGUCAAUGGAUUGAUUAUUUUAAUUCAAACAGACCAUUUUAUUUUUCUAUUUAAAACUUUUUUUUGUUUGUCCAUGACGCAGUGUGGACAUUGCAUAGUCCAUGCUGGACUGAUCAGCAGCAUGUCUUGAAAUAAAGAAGCUAUAAGGACGUCCGUCGCGCUAAAUGUUGGAAUUAAUGCAAUGAAGAAAAUGGGGGACUUGGAAUCCGGUUUUGAAGAAAUGCAGGGUGUAAGGCUUGGCUAUUUGGUUAUCAAAGGCAAACAGAUGUUUGCCCUUUCUCAAGUCUUCACCGACCUCUUGAAAAAUAUCCCGCGGACUACUGUGCACAAACGCAUGGACCAUUUAAACGUUAAGAAGCAUCACUGUGAUUUGGAGGAAUUGCGAAAGCUCAAAGCAAUAAAUUCUAUAGCUUUCCAUGCAGCUAAAUGUACCCUGAUAUCAAAAGAGGACGUUGAGGCUCUGUAUUUUUCAUGUAAAACUGAACGCGUGUUGAAAUCAAACAAAAGAAGGGAAAAAACAAGAAACUCAACUGAAAAAGUGUGCGAAGACAAAAAUAGCACAGCUGCCAGAAGUGACAUUUGGAGAGAGAAAGUUUGGUUAAGUUUGCAUAGCGUUCCACAGACUUUCUCAUUCAAAACUAAAGCUGUUCGACAGGACUCAGUCCCUCGCACUCACUCAAAUCUACCUCAAAUUUACAGUAAAUCCUUUGCCCGUGACUUUCAACCAGUCACCAAGUCGGCAUCUACACCCUUUAAAAACUAUGAAACAGCUCAAAUUCCUCACAACUGUGUGGCUUUUAAUCAGAAACAUGCAUUUAUUCGGAGCGUUGUGAACCGACAGCCGCUCCUCUAUCAGUCCGCCAUUGCAGCGCAGCCAAAGCACCAAGGCAACGCAGAGCUACUUUACAAAAGGAAGAGGAAGCGCGAGAGCAGCGCAAGGCAGUUUUGGUCAAGGAGCAGACGCGGCCAUCCGGUUCUGGUCGUCCCGAAGUGCUGUAAACCCAACGGAUCAUUAAGUCAGUUUCAUAACCUCGAGCAUGGAUUGUACGUCGACCCACGGCACACUGGGCAUUUUCAGGAAAGCUGCAGCAGCGACACGGAAUCUAGUUCCAUCUCAGAACGGGUGAACAACGAUUCGGAUUUUGUAUCGAGUUUCUCUACCACCAGCAACUCCGCGACUUCAGAUGAGGAGGAGGAUGACUCCCUCUCGGAUUCUUCAGAUGUCAGCACCGAUGAAGAAAGCUCCUCUCAGUCUGAUUCGAGCUCUGUGUCCAGUCAAGUCUCAGUGCAGAGUAUUCGAUUCAGGCGUGCACGCAUCUCAAGUCUCAACACAAAAGCACCUUUGGUCUUAGAGCCUACUUUUCACUACAGGCCUAAUCUGCCAAACAUACACACUAACCAAGGAGGAACGACUACUUUGGACUGUGAAAGAACGGUCAAAACACAGAAAUCGGACUUUAAAAUGUGCAGGGAUAGACGCAAGGAUGGUGAUGCCACAAACGUGCUAAACUUCUGCACGGUGGGGGGCUGUUUUCCAGAUGUAAGAGAAAACGAGGGCUCUGAAUCAGUGUCACGCCGUGAAUUUUUAAAUGAUCCAAAGACAACAGACUCUGUCGCUAACAGAAUUACAGAGAUUGGCCUUACACCGUUUCCCCAACAAAGAAUACCAGGACCUACAAGCAAAUGCUCACAAGGCUUGAUCACACACUGUGUUCCAGACAAAGAGAUAACAGUUUGUAAGUCUUCUGACAGUAAUCUUUCAUUAGCAGCAAAUUUCAAAAGGGAAGCAAAAACUUCUCUCAAACUGCCAUCACCUCUGAAACCCAUCAAAACAGAGGCCGAGGAGCCAAUCUCUACUUCAGGCUUCAAAGACGAGGGCAUCGGGGCAGUGAAAACCCCACCGUUAUUUCUAAAUAAUGUGAAAAUUAAAGUCGAGGAUACCUUUGAUGAAUAUGAAUAUGCAAAUCCGUCCCUGGAAUAUCAAUGUAAGGAUAACGAUGCCGAUGACCUGGCCAUCAGUAAUCCUUUUAAGGAAACUGACCACUGCAAAGAAACCAUUAAAGCCUCAGUGAGCUCUGUUCAAAAACAAGAACCAAGAAGCACUUUAUACACUCCUUGUUCCGAGGAAGGAGAAUGCAAAAAUGCUACAAGGGUCCGAAAAAACUACAGGGCAAUGCUUCUGGGUAAAAAACCCGAAAUUGUCAAGACAUCAGCUAAAUCAAGUGCAAAAGUUGACAAGAGCCCCCGUUCUGCAGGAAAAUUUGCGAGCAGUGAGGGGUCAAACGAAGACUGUGCGAGCAAGCGCAAAAGAGCGAGCACCAAUGUAGCAUCUCUGAAAAAGCCCUUCAGCUUCAUGGCGAAUUUUCCCUCUCCACCGUCACUUAUUAUUGGCAGCGAUGGAGAUUUGAGUCCCGCUUACUCUUUGAACUCUUUUAGAAGUAACCAGCUGCCUCAUCGUUCCAACCCAGUGUGGGGAUGGCAGCUCGGUCAUUCCGUUGUUCCUCCCCCUCCAAGCCACAAAUUCAGGAAAGCCUCUGUUAUCCCUUGAACUGUUCUUUUGAGCUCGAGGGAAAUUACUUAAAACUGUGACAAGCACUGAUAACCGUUAGUUGUUUGAUGAUGUUUCCAGUGUUGUUUUGAACAAAUACGUCGGCCUGUUGUUAUGUUGCAGAUAUCAUCCUCGUAAAGUACAGGCUGAUAUAUUCAUCGAUGUUUACGACUCUGGAAUAUACAGAGGUAUUUAUAAUAAGAUGAUCUAGCAAGAAACAGUCGUUUUCAAAAUGUAAUUAUUUACAUGGUCAAAGUUGACCGGUUGGACUAGACUCUCAUUUAGAAAACGUUGGCUAAUUUUCCAGGCAGGGUUAACCAUCUCAUAUGAUGGCAUUACAGUUAUUGUCAGGCUUGUGUCAACUAAAUGGUAGAUUUUGUCAUUAAGACACUUGAUAUUGGUAUAUUUUUGGCCAAUCUUUUGUAUUUUCCCUUUUUAUUUGAUCUAUUGACACCCCAACUAUACUGUCUUUCAGAAUUACUGUAAGCCUAUGGGCUACACCAUUCUUAUUUAUUCUUUUUAAGGUGUUUCCCAAUUGUUGUAGCUUGGCUGUGUUCACUCACACGCAGCACACCAUAACUCUCACGGUAGGCCCAACAAUGGCCCUUUAGAUUCAACUGACAAUCAAGAGCUGUUUGAUUUGCACGAAGCAAUCGAAGGAAAAAUACCAAAUCGAAGUACUUCUUGCACACUCAUAACUUAUGUUAUAGACCAGCUCAAGCACACAUUUGCCAUGCAUUGCACUUUGCUAAUGCCCAUUAAGGUGAAUUGGUUGUUUCUUUCCAUUUUAGAUUUUUCUCAAGAAAAGAGCCAUCGCAAGUUAACCCAAAAAACUUUUUAGAAUCUGUAAAUGUGGUGCUAUUUCCUCUUACUGUCCGUUUUCCUUUGAGAAAGGUUUGUUAGUCGUUCUUAUUUUGAAAUGUUUGAGAUUUAAACACAUAUGUAAUUGCAUAAAUGACAACAUCAAGGUGCUUCGCAGAAUAUAUACACAUUCUGGCCAGGGUAUAUUUACUAACUGUACUUACUGUUUAUUUCUCAUUGACUCGAGAGCUUUUCAUUUUCGUAUGGUGUUUUGGUUAUAUUUUCCUUCACUAAGCCUAAUGUGCACAUGGAAUGCCUUGGCACUAAAAGCGUUACCUAAAAUAUAAAAAGAAAAACAAUUGCUGUUCCACUCCAGCACCCUGCCCAAUGCCUUGAGAUGAAUGUACGGUUAUGUACCAUAUUUGUGUAAUUAAGCAAAAGCAUACUGUCUCUAAAACAGGCAUUUAAAGUGAAUUGUUUCUGUGAUUGGAUCGUCCAAUGAGUAAAGUCAAGAAAUUAAGAAUUUUCGGAUUAUUUUGCCAAGGACCGAAAAGGAGAUAGUUGACUGUUUUUGUGAAUUGUUCUCAACUGCAUUUUAAUUUUCUGCACAAAAGACUAUGCAGAUUUGGCUAAAGCGAGGCUACGGAGUUUACAUCAUUCUGAGAAAACACGUAAUAGAUUUAACGGUGUCGUAUUAAUACAUUGGCCUAUUGCGUGUAUUGUGUAGCCUAUUAAAUGUUUAAGUGGGGAUAUACACUAUGUAGCCUAUGAAGUGAAAAUAAAUCGAUUUGUGAAUGUUCCAAAAUCUGCUAGAGUGUGAAAUUCAGACAGGUGAAUGAUUAAAGACCUAUAUUUUUGUAUUGCCAUUAUUUAAAGUCUGCUCUCUCGAGCCUGUAAAAUGAACUUUUUGUUCUGCGGGUUCAAAGUGCACUGCGGACUGACAGAAUAGCUAAGUCGUCCUAACAUCAGAAUAAUUCUAAAAAAGCCAAAUAAAACUGAAUGUAGCUCACACAACUUCCCUUUAGUUAAAGAAUUUCACGAUCUCCACGAUGAACAGAAAAUGGAAAAUGGGCGGUGACGCACUGUAAACAUGGUAGCUUAUAUAUCUGGUCAAUGUGGACUCGUUUUUUUAUUCUUCUGCUUUUGCUACAAUACUUGAGGUCAAAUUUUUUGACAUGAACUUUUUAAUCUGAAGUCACUGGUUGUUUAUAAAAAUGCAUAUUUAUUUUGUGAUUUUCCUGUUUUUUAUACCAUUGUUGUGUAGGAUAAAUGCACUCGAAAUGAAAACUUGAAUGGUGGAUUUGAAGCACUUUCUUUUUCUUUUCUGGUUAAACUGUUCAUUAAAUACAU